GGGGCGCUGACUGUGACAGUGACAGCAACAAUGGGGUGGUGGCUGAGAGGGGGGGCGUUGCUCGCUCUGUGUGCUACCGUUGCUGUCCUCCUGUGUGCUCCCUCCGGUCCGCAUUUCCGGCUUGUGAUCGACGCCUCCUUCGGCCAGGCAGCAAUUCAAGCAGACGGGCCAGCCCUCGCCCCCCUCAUUGUGCUGACGGAGGCCGCCCAGCAGAGUGGAGCGGUGUGCUUAGAUGGCAGCCCCGCAGCCUACUACUUCCAGCCAGGCACAGGGGCAGGCGCACACAACUGGAUCAUCCACUUUGAAGGUGGGGGCUGGUGCACCAGCCUCGAAGACUGUGUGUUGCGAGCAGGGGAUUCCCUAGGGUCCAGCCAUGGGUGGCCACGCACACGCCAUCUGACGGGUCACCUCAGCCGGGACCCCGCCGUCAACCCUGACCUGCACACCUGGAAUGCCGCCUACCUGCCCUACUGCGACGGCGCCAGCUUUGCCGGCAAUGUGUCCCAGCCGCAGAGCAGCGGGGGCCAGAGCGUCUUCUUCCGGGGGGCCGCCAUCCUGGAUGCAGUGCUGGCAGACCUGAUGCACAGGGGCCUCCAUACGGCGCAGCGGGUGCUCGUCACUGGCUGCUCGGCAGGGGGGCUGGCCGCCUACCUGCACUGUGACUACGUGGCAGCCAGGGUGGGAGGGGGCGCCGUGACCAAGUGCAUGCCGGACGCGGGGUUCUUCAUGGAUGCCCCCGACGUGUGGGGGCAGCGCCGCAUGGAGGGCCUGUUCCGGGCGGCGGUCGAGAUGCACAACGUGUUGGGCAACGUGAACGAGGCGUGCGUGGCCGCGCUGCCGGCACGUGAUGCCUGGAAGUGCUUCUACGCGCCGUACAGUGCGUCCUUUGUGCAGGCCCCGCUCUUCAUUGUGAACCCCCUGUUUGACACGUGGCAGAUUGCCAACCUUGUGCUCGGUGGCAGGGCAGCCCCGGAGUGGGACGGUUGCCGGUACUCGCUGGCCGGGUGCACGCGCGAGCAGGGUGCCGUGCUGCGCGCGUUUGCGGACCAGCUGGCGGCGCGAGCGCUGAGCACGCUGGCAGCGGCCAGCGGUGACGGCGCGUUCCUCUUCUCGUGCUUCCUGCACUGCCCCAACCUGGACAACGACGACUGGUGGCAGCAGCUGACCAUAGGCGGCACCGCGCUGCGAGAAGCGGCGGCAGACUGGGUGCUAGACAGAGGCGGAGACCACUUCCAUGUUGACAAGACAAGUGACUACGAACGGGGUACGAACCCGAGUUGCGGCAUCAGUGUUUAGGUCGAGGUGGGUAUCGACGUUACCUUUUGAUAAGCACCGACAAAGGUUGCUGUGUACAGACUGGCUUGGAUCAGCACACGGCAGCAAUUCUUCCGAUCCGUCACUAGCGGCAGGCCUGUUGCAAGAACGGGAUAUUUUGAGCAGCUCACAACAAAACGCUGAUACCAACUUCUCCGACAGAAGCUUGCUGACGCCACGGCACUUAGCUGCAUAAAGGCGAUUGGUAGCGACUACGCUUACAGCUGUCUACCUCAAUGACUAUGGCCUCCGGCUUUGAGGCCUAUUCGAAAAUCUGGUGCAGCAGUCUCAAAUUUGCUCUUCCAGCCUUUGCAAGCAUCUAUGAUUGGAGCCCAACGUUUUCGCGGACUGUGGUUGUCGUGCAACUCACGUUCGUCUUUACAAGUAAUGUAGGCUGGAAAGGGUUACCAAGAAUGGCAAGCCCGGA